GUCAGUUUGUGUACACCUGCACCGCGACGGACUCAAGCGGAGCUCCGCGGCGUUACAUCUGAUUUGGCCUCCGGCUGGAGCGUGUUCUGUACCCGGGCUUCUUUUUUAUUUGUCCACCCGAGAGAGCUGAGCACCGUAGUCCCGCCAUUUACCCUCCUCCGUGGUCGGGUUUUUUUUUUUGAUUGCCCUUUCACAGCGCUUUAAAGCAGCGGAGCAGCGGCGGCGGGAGGAGGAGGAGAAGGUGGAGGAGGACUCGGAGGAGGAGGUGGAGGAGCGGUGGCGGCGAGCAGGAGGAGAGACGCAGGGAUCCGGUGUGCCACAUCGGGAUGAGAGCGAGACGCAGACCCGGGUCGGAUGAGUCAGCGAGUGGACUCCGCAAUCACGACCGCCCCGAAAUCUGACUAACGGAGACGGGCGGCGCCACAAAGCCGAAACAACCCGACAUUUUACCUUGAUUGGUGUUGUUGGAUUCCGCUUCUCUUUAUUUCCGCCCUCCCCCGGUCCGCGUCUGCCAUAGCCUAGUUUUUUUUUCUUUAAAUAUAUAUAUAUUUUUAUUUCCACUAAGGUGGGGAAAAGGUGGAGGUGGGGGUCCGACAAGGUUGCGGACGAGGAGGAGGUUUUCUUUACUUUUUCUAAAAAAAAAAGCCUCCCACUCCCGAAGAUAAAAGCCAGACUAUAUUUGUUAAAAGUCUUUUGUUGCGCUGAGGUGAGAGAAGAUGUCGGGGCAGAGCAUUACUGACAGGAUAACCGCAGCCCAGCACAGUGUAACGGGAUCCGCCGUCUCCAAAACAGUAUGCAAGGCCACCACUCACGAAGUAAUGGGCCCGAAAAAGAAACAUUUGGAUUAUUUGAUCCAUUGCACCAACGAGAUGAACGUGAACAUUCCCCAACUGGCCGACUCGCUGUUUGAGAGGACCACCAACACCAGCUGGGUGGUUGUGUUUAAGUCUCUGAUCACCACACACCACCUCAUGGUCUAUGGCAACGAGCGUUUUGUUCAGUACUUGGCUUCUAGGAAUACACUAUUCAACCUCAGUAACUUUUUGGACAAAAGUGGGUUACAAGGUUAUGACAUGUCCACGUUUAUCAGGAGGUACAGUCGAUACCUGAACGAGAAAGCCGUUUCGUACAGACAGGUUGCAUUUGACUUCACAAAAGUUAAACGCGGAGUGGACGGCGUAAUGAGGACCAUGAAUACAGAGAAGCUGCUCAAGACUAUCCCCAUUAUUCAGAACCAGAUGGACGCGCUCCUCGAUUUCAAUGUCAAUGCCAACGAGCUGACUAAUGGAGUCAUCAAUGCCGCCUUCAUGCUCCUGUUCAAAGACUCCAUCACGCUCUUCGCUGCUUAUAAUGAAGGCAUUAUCAACCUGCUUGAGAAAUACUUUGACAUGAAGAAGACUCAGUGUAAAGAAGGUUUGGACAUUUACAAGAAGUUUCUCACCCGAAUGACCCGGAUAUCAGAGUUUCUCAAAGUAGCCGAGCAGGUGGGCAUCGACCGAGGGGACAUUCCAGACUUGUCACAGUUCACAGUUUGUGCUCCCAGUAGCCUUCUCGAAGCUCUGGAGCAGCAUUUGGCCUCUUUAGAGGGCAAAAAGGUCAAAGACUCAACCGCGGCCAGCAGGGCCAGCACUCUGUCCAACGCAGUGUCAUCACUGGCCAGCACGGGGAUGUCUUUCACUAAAGUGGAUGAGCGGGAGAAGCAGGCAGCUCUCGAGGAGGAACAGGCUCGACUCAAAGCUCUGAAGGAACAGCGGCUCAAAGAGCUCUCCAAGAGGCCCUCCUUCGCUACCACGGACACGUCGCCGAUCUCUACCACAGGUGGUCCUAUCAGCACCACAGCAGCCAUCGACCUCUUCUCUACACCCAGCUGCUCCAACGGUGCUGUGAAGAUGGAGAGCGACCUUUUUGACCUGCAGUCAACCUUUCAGCCCUCCAUGCAGUCCGGCUCAACAGGGCUUCCAGUUGCAACGACGUGGGCAGAUCCUUUCACCUCUGCUGAAGCUGGAGACGAAUCCAUGCCAAACCUUAACCCUUUCCUCUCAAAACUCGUUGUCGAUGCCACUCACUUACCUGUCGUGUCUUCAGACGGUGUUAGCUUUUCCUCUAGGACUUCCGGUCAUGAAAUGUUUGGUGAUCGUUACAAUCCCUUUAUUGACACAAACUCAUCCGUUUCAACCAAUUACAAACGCACAGUGCGGAUAGAACACUCCAUAUCAGACUCCUUCUGUGGUCCAGUGUCCAUUGCUCAGCACCUCUCCCACCAGGCUCCCUUCCCCACUGAGCCCUCUGCUGUAGCAGGUCUAUUCAGAGGAUACUCGACGACACAGGCCCCUGCUCAGCAGUCAGCGGGGGGACUCCAAGUGGACUUUGAGUCCGUUUUUGGGGCCAAAGCCACAGGCAGCAACAGCCUCAAUUUGGAUGAUAUUUCUGGAGGCAUCCUGAAACCGACUUUUGCCGGCUCCAACCAGGCUUCCGGUCAGCUGCCAGACAAGCUGGUGUCAGACGACCUUGACUCCUCCCUGGCCAACCUUGUCGGCAACCUCGGCAUUGGGAACGGCACUAUGAAAAAUGACAUGCACUGGAGCCAGCCGGGAGAGAAGAGGAUGACCGGCGGCACCAACUGGCAGCCCAAAGCGGCGCCGUCCACGACCUGGAACCCCGUUUCCAUGCCGUCGUCAGUCAUGGCCUUCCCUGCUACCACACCCACCGGCAUGAUGGGAUAUGGCAUGCCUCCACAAAUGGGCUCAAUGGGGAUGAUGAAUCCGCCCACCAUGAUGUACUCCCAGCCUGUGAUGAGGCCACCCAACCCCUUUGGCUCCGUGUCUAGUGCUCAGGUGGGUGCACGGCCGUCUGACCACGCCACCGAGCGGAUGCACAAUGAAAUGCAGUUCAUGUAAUUUGAAGAAAAGUGUCUCUCGGAAGAUGGAUCUCUUUGCGGCAAAGCUUUGUCCUCGUGUUGCAGUCUAACUCUAAAACAUUCUUACACACACACACACACAAAUACCGACACAAGAACACAAUGGUGCAGCGACUGUCCGAAACCAUGGUAACCAUGUCUAAAUGACGUUCGGCGAUAGCUCACACCUAUUAUUCUGUAACAUGUCCGACGUGGAGUGAUGCUGCUGUCUAAACCCCCCCCCUCCCCCAAAAGAGGAUUCCUUAUCCAUUUGACAGUGUCAUCUGUAAAGAUCGGUAUGGGUGCUGAGAAGCUUUGAUGUUAUAUGUUUGGAAAUGCUGUGGUUGGAUGUGGAGGCUUGAUGUCCAGCGGGGAGGAGGGCAAAGGAGAAGAGGAGAGCCCCCCCCCCCCCUUUCUUGAUCCGAUCAUCAGUCACGCACUCCCUACAGCUAUUUAACUUGUCACUAAGUAGUGAUGCUAAUGGCGUUUACACCCGUUUAGUUUUUGUCUUUUUUACAGUGUUUACAGUAGACAUUCCUUGUGUGUUGUUUGUAUUUAUUUAUGAUUAUUUGUUUAAGAUUGGGAGGAAAAAAAUGUAAAAGCUACAGUACAUUGAACACCUGUGGGAGUGCUUCAGCAUUUAACAAGGAUCUCAGACUAUCAUUGAGAGGUAGAGUUUAAAAAUAGCUAUUAUAUAAAUUACACUUAUUAAGCGGAAUGAUAGAGCACUAAAUAUUCUACCAGUUUUGCGUUCAACCUUUUUUUUUUUUUUUUUUUUUACUAGUGGAAAGAUUUCACAAUCCCCAUUGUGCUUAAAGUGCAGGGGCUAGAGUACGAGUCAGUUACCAGUAAAUAGUCGGUUCUGUGCCUAGGAUUGUUUUUGUUCUUUUCGUUGGUUUUUGCAAUGGAUCGGUUUCCUGUCUAGUUUGAAAAAGGAAAAAAAAAAAACACUUCACCCACGAAUCUGAAGCGUCACUCUGGGUGCGUGGGCUCCGUUUGCUUUAAGCUUGGCAUGCCGUCGACUCACUGGCCGGAUUCAAGGCUGCCUUUACUCUGAAUGUGGAAGAGUUGUCUUCAUGUUGCACACAUCUUUCCACGCUACGGUUCCUCGGCGGGGGUGGAGGAGGGAGGAGGUGGGAGGUGGGUGGUGGUCGAGGCAACAGAGUGCAUCUGCUUGUUGGUUCGCUGUCGCUACGCUAACGGGAAAAGGGUCACAGAUUUGAUGUAAAUUUAAUUGUAUACAAAGAGCCAGAGGACCUGAGUGGAGGAGCACUGUUGAUCGGUGCUUCGUGUACAUAUAAAAAAAAUAAAAAAAACCUGACUGUUCUUUGAGUUACAAAAGUGAAAGAUGUAUGAAAUAUGAAAGCAAUUCAAUCAAAUUUGACUCUACCUAAGUUUGAUUCAGGAUACUCUGCGUUUGUCUCUGCAGAUAUUUUCUUUAUGUAAUUAGAAGGUGUAGCAGACUGACGUCUUUUCUUUCUUUUACAAAUAAAGAGCAGCUUCCACAAA